GUUUUUGACAGCACGUUGUUAUUUGCAAGAAAAUGGCGGUUGUUGUAUUAAAAUAAUUGUACAACUUUUAGUUCAUUCGAUCAGUGUUGGUUAUUUCUAAAUGUAUUAAAAGCUGGUCUACAAAAAUUUACGUGUUUUUAUGCAAAUGCUAAUUACAGCUAUGAUGCAGAUGUGUAUUUUAUUCUUAAUUACUAUAUUGUAUAGUUCGCACCAAAAUAACGCGGGGUUUCUGAUAUUUAAUUAAUAUCGGAUUUCUGUGCAAAUAGUGAAAAAACUACAACGAAUGGUGUUAAUUUAGGAGGUUUUAGUGUUUUUACUGGUAUAAAGACGGUUAUCGUUUUUAAUUGUACGUAACGCUUGCAAAUAGAGAUGUAUUGAGUUAUCACAACAAUGGGAGAAACUGAAGAAUUCAACACUUUAGCAUUUGAAAAGAAACUUACACAGUUAAAGGAUACACAGGAGAGUAUACAAUCUCUAUCAUCUUGGUGUUUGAAGCAGAGACUCCAUCAUAAGAAGAUUGUUUCAAGUUGGUUGAAUGUACUGAAAAGAGUGAAGGUUGAGCAGCGUUUAGUCCUUUUUUAUUUAGCAAAUGAUGUUAUUCAGUAUAGUAAGAGAAAGAAUUAUGAGUUUGUGGAGAGUUGGGGUCUUAAUUUACAGAAGGCAACACCACUUGUUCGUGAUGAGAAAGUCAGAUCUAAGAUUCUACGCAUAUUUAAGAUAUGGGAGCAAAGGUCUGUGUAUGAUGAUGAGUUCCUAUCAGACCUGACGGGGCUGCUUUCUGCUGGAGCCAUUAAAAAGGCUGAUGAUGACCCAUUAGAUUUUCAGCCACAGCAGCUAGUAAACAAAAUAAAGCAAUGUACAGUACUAGAAGCAGACACACAGACAAAGUUAAAGUAUCUUCACGAGCAUCAUUUAGAGUUAUCAGAUGCAGACGCGCUGUGCGCAAACUUGAAAGAUAGAGGUCACAGAGAAGAUGUGGAAAAGGAAUUGAACGAAGGCAUAUCAUGUGUUGAGAAGUACACCCAGGCAUUGCAAAGGGAGAUAGUUGCGAGAGAGGCGCUGCUCGCCUUACUCAGCUCUGCUAACCAGUACUAUUCCACACAGAGGGGCGAAGUCAAAGUUGUGGCCUAUGCAUAUAAAAACUUUGGUGCCCGAGUGCGGGCAUUGAAACGAAAACUCGACGAGUUAAUACCAACGCUACCCAGUGCGGCGCCCUCGCCUCCUCAGAGAGACGAGGAUGUGCCUUCACCAGGUCCUGAUGAGGACCUGGAUCUGCCUGCGCCCACUGACACUACAGAUGAUGAUGUGGCGUACAAUAUAGACCAGACAUUCAACACAUCGUUGUCGGAUGGAUCGCUAUACAACCUCGGUCUUUCGUCGUUCCUCACUUCGGACAACCCACUGGCGAUGUUCAAUGACACACUCGAUUUGGACUUGAGUAGUGCGAAUAAAAUCGAAGUAAUAAACACAAGGCCGAGUGACAAACAAGAUUUUGAUAUAAACGAUAUUUUGAAGGGCUUUGAUCCUCUUGACAAUAACUCUACAUCUUCUGAAAAUAACUCAGCGGUGAGUAUAUCGCAAAAGUCGCUAGAGGCGCUACCCGGUUUGGACCUACUGACGCCGGAUAGCACGGGCAUACCCCCGCCCCCCACAUCGUUCUAUGGCACCAUGGAAACCAUUGUCAUCCCAGACGAGCCGGAAUCGCCUUAUCUCCCUGAAGCCUUAACUAGUAAUCAUUGGAAUAACAACUGGAAUGUACCACCACCUACCACAGCAAGCCACAUUCAGCCAGUGGUAAACCCGCGGAAUAUAUUUGUGGAGCCGCCCGCCUCCCCGCCGCACCCCGCACCGCACCCCGUACCGCCCCCGCUGCUAGAACCAAGACCACAGGACCCGCCGAUAGCUGACGUGGAUCAUCGCGGUAUUCUACCACCGCCACCGCCGCCGCCCGUACUGCCAUUAUUAGGACACAUAGAGGACGUAGACCACAGGAUGUUGCCGACGCUAGCGCCGCCGCCCGUCGCCGCGCCCGUACGCCACACAGUACAUCAAGACGUCAGAAAGGCAGAUGGACCACCUGAAGAUGUGGACCACAGGAACCUCAUUUCUCUAACGCAGCAACUGCCCGUGCCACGGCAGCACAACUCCAUGGAUCAAGAUUACCGUGUGCCGCCAAUGGUGCCGCCGCCGGAUAUCGUAGAGAGCGUCGACAUGGACUUAUCCGAAGACGAGGAGCAACAAGGUAUGUAUGGCCAGAACCAGAUCGAGCAUCGACGCCACAGCUUCAACAACAACAAAGUGCUAGUGGGCGGCGACAACGACAAGCAAAACCACAAAGAGAAAAACUCCAACCUCAUACAAAUUAACAGCAUCACUAUCAUAAAGGACGGAUCUCAGAGCGCGCCCGUCAUGCCACUAUCCAACCCCUUCGACAACAUGCCCGAUGGACUCAAGUUCAACAUGCCCCCCGCCUUAAAUCAACCGCCGAAUUUCCAAAAACCGCCCAACUUCAACCAAAACAAACCGGAGUUCCAAAACCAGCCGAAAUUCCAAAAUAAACAAGAGUUCCAACAGAAAUUCCAGAACAAACCGCCGGACUUUCAAAAUCAGCCGCCGAAUUUCCAAAACAAACCGGAUUUCCAGAACCAACCGCCGAACUUCCCAAACAAGCCCGACUUCCAGAACCAGCCACCAAAAUUCCAAAACAAUCAACCGGAUUUUCAUGAAGACAUGUUUGAGGAUAACAGAGAGGAGAAUUCGGAUGAUAGUGCAUACGAAGAUGAUUUGAGGAGUCGGAGUUUGGACAAUGUGAUGAUGGACAGGAGAAAUCCUUCUCCGGAAUUCGAAGACUUCGCUGCGGACGGUGAUUGGAGUCAUGGACCUAGACCGUUCUUGAACCAACGGUUUCCCCGAAAUUGGGGACCUCGGACUAACUUUAGACCCCAGGGUUUCAGCCCAAUGUUUCGGCCGAGGAACGGUCCGCGACCGCAGAAUAUGGGCCCGAGAUGGGGCCCCAGACCGCAAAGAUUUUGGUGAAGUGUUAGUGCAAAAGAGUUUUUAUUUAUAGAAUUUUAUUAUCUUAAGAUAUUAAGAUUUAAUAUACAUAGAGCUGUAUAAUAAUCCUGCUCAGUUUUAUUUGGAUGAUGUUGCAGAAAUUUUAGCUUGUUUUAACGUUUUGAGUUCAGUUUGGUUUUUAUCAGUGAUUGCUUAAGUUUAUGUACUCGAAAUGUAUGGAUAUGAAUUUUAUUCAUUAAUAUGAUUUAAACAAUUUUAAAAACCAGACAAAACUGACGUAGUUAUAGAAUUGCUUUUCAUGGUAACUAUAUUAAAAUUAUAUCCUAAAU